UGCGUGCCCUUUCUCGACAAGUUUUCUCACGACAUGCCUUGGCAGCACCCUCUUUUGGGUGCAAAAGGGCCAGGAAGGGGUCUUAACAGGACACCCUUCCGAUGAAGCUCCCCUUGUCUGGCCGUUUAUCUGUUCUUUUCUCUCUCUCUUGUCCCUGUUGUCCCUCCCUUUCUCUCUUGUCCCUUGAUUAUAAUCUUGCAGUUUUUUUGCUGCCCAAUCCCUGGCGACCGAAUCUCGGCACAUGCAAAACUCGGCCACCAAAACAGACAUUUGGCGUAAAACCCGGCAACAAAAUCCGUAGUCGUACUGUACAUGGCUGGUUCGGUAACUUUAGCUGCAGCAUAUCGGAACUUCUCCGAAAAUGGUCCCUAGGCCGACCGUUUUGCUGCCUGCCAAGUCGUGAUGCUGAUAUCCUAGAUACAGAGCCUGCAUACUCUUGAUGCGCAGAUUCAUAUAAGUAGUAUAGUAUAGGUCGUCGGAGGAUUUUGCAUCCUUCCUGAGCCAGCAAGGUAUGCUAAUUACAGCAUCAACAGCGAGGAUUCGGUGGCCCUGACCUAACUGAAUACAGGUACGUCUCGUAUAAAGAGCGAAUCUCCAUUGCCAUGGCCCAAUAUCGCUCAGGUCCAGAACCGUCAACGACGUAGCUGGGU